CGUUUCAUGUCAGUCAUGUAUCAGGAUGGAUCGAAUGAAAAUGAUCAAAUUAUACUAGCAACUGGUGGCUAUGACCAUACAAUAAAAAUAUGGCAGACUCACACCGGAAUUUGCCAACGAACGAUGCAACAUGCUGAAUCGCAAGUUAACGCCUUAGAAAUAACGCCCGACAAAUCGUGCUUGGCGGCUACGGGCUACCAACACAUCCGGAUGUACGAUCUCGCUUCAAACAAUCCAAAUCCUACAGUCAAUUACGAGGGUAUUACGAAAAAUGUAACCGGCGUCGGUUUUCAGGAGGAUGGGAAGUGGAUGUACACGGGUAGCGAAGAUUGCAGCGCCCGCAUUUGGGAUUACAGGCUGAAGAGCCCUCACGCUGCGAAGAUUUUUCAAACAUCCGCACCCGUGACGUGCGUUUGCCUUCAUCCCAAUCAGGUGGAAUUACUUGUCGGCGAUCAAAGUGGAGUUAUACAUCUGUGGGAUUUAAAAACCGAUCACAAUGAACAGUUUAUACCUGAAGGGGAUACCAUGAUAUUAGACAUUGACGUCGAUUCUGAAGGUACCCACAUGGCUGCAGUGAAUAGUAAAGGUCGUUGCUACAUCUGGAGCCUUACCUUUGGUAGAGAAGGUGAGCCGACAAAAAUGCACCCUAAACACAAGUUCGACGCCCACAAACGUCAAGCUUUAAAGUGUAGAUUUAGUCCAGAUUCUACGUUGUUGGUGACGACAUCGGCUGAUCAAACUGCUAGAAUUUGGAAAACUUGCGAUUUUACUUUACUGCAAGAAUUAACGCAGGAUAAUCAAAGAUGGGUUUGGGACGCUGUAUUUAGUUCAGAUUCCCAAUACAUUUUUACAGCAUCUUCUGAUGGAUGUGCAAAAUUAUGGAAUGUGAAAAGUGGCCAUAUGGAGAGAGAAUACGCUGGACAUCAAAAGGCAGUGAUCGCCCUAGCUUUCAGAGACGCUGUACUGUAAAAUAGAAGAAAAUUGUCAUAGGACAAGAUUCCAAUGUUGGGAAGGUCUUAGAAACGAGUACACAACUGACAUAUGCAUAACUUAUUU